UUGCCAGGUUUGUUCAGAUGCAGAAUGUUUGGAAGAUCUUUCUACUAACCUGAAAGAAUGGUGCAGUAAUGCGUGACUUGCAAUAAGUGAACAUUGAGGAGAAAUGAAAACGGGAUUCUCCGUGCCAUAGCUGUAACCAUGGGUUGCAAUAGCACAGCCUUUGGCAGCUGUGUGGUUUCCAGUGAGAAUGUAACUAUAACGAACCCAGAUUCCAGAUUUGCUGCAUUCCCUACCCCACUCAGGAUAUUAUUGGCAAUAAUUAUGGUAUUAAUGAUUGCCAUUGCUUUCUUGGGCAAUGCUAUUGUUUGCCUUAUCGUUUACCAGAAGCCUGCUAUGCGGUCUGCAAUCAAUCUUCUACUUGCAACGCUGGCAUUUUCGGACAUCAUGCUUUCCCUUUUCUGCAUGCCUUUUACUGCAGUUACAAUUAUCACUGGAAGUUGGCACUUUGGCAGCCAAUUCUGCCAGAUUUCAGCCAUGCUGUACUGGUUUUUUGUCUUGGAAGGAGUUGCUAUUCUACUCAUUAUCAGCGUUGACCGUUUUCUGAUCAUUGUACAGAGACAAGAUAAACUAAAUCCACACCGUGCCAAGAUAAUGAUUGCUUCUUCUUGGGUGUUGUCCUUCUGUAUCUCCUUUCCAUCUGUAGUCGGCUGGACGUUGGUGAAGAUUCCAACACGUGCACCUCAAUGUGUCUUGGGCUACACAGAAUUUUUAGCUGAUAGGGCGUAUGCAGUCAUGUUGGUUGUAGCAGUAUUCUUUAUCCCUUUCAGUGUAAUGCUGUACUCCUAUCUAUGCAUCUUAAACACUGUCAGAAGAAAUGCGGUCAGGAUUCAUAACCAUGCAGAGAGCCUCUGUCUGAGUCAAGUAAGCAAGCUAGGCUUGAUGGGACUGCAGAGGCCUCAUCAAAUGAAUGUUGACAUGAGUUUUAAGACAAGGGCCUUCACCACUAUACUGAUCUUGUUCAUUGGAUUUUCUCUUUGCUGGCUUCCGCACUCUGUGUUCAGUCUAUUGUCAGUGUUUAGUAGGACUUUCUACUACAGUAACUCAUUUUAUGUGAUCAGCACUUGCAUCUUGUGGCUCAGUUACCUCAAGUCUGUAUUCAACCCUGUUAUAUACUGUUGGAGAAUCAAGAAAUUCCGGGAGGCCUGUAUGGAGUUCAUGCCCAAAACAUUUAAGAUUCUUCCUAAAAUACGGGGGAGGACGAGGAGGAGGAUACGUCCCAGUACUAUCUAUGUUUGUAGUGAACACCAGUCUGCUGUUUGACCCCUUGCCAACCCACCACAGUACAUAUACUGCAGCACUGCAUCAGUUACAGGCACAGUGAUGUACUGGUACAACGCUUCCUGUUUCUGAGUUUCAACUGCGUGCCCACCAAAUCCCCUGUGAUUUGACACAAUGGGAUUUCGUCAACAGAUCCCGGCCAAUGAUUCAUGUGUCAAAUCACAGCCUAGAGCCCUGUGUUGAUAAACAACACAGGGCUCUAUACAGAGGGAAUAAUUGCUUUGUUUCUGUUCCCUGCAAAGCCAAUGUUAACCCCUGCUCCGCCAGUGUCAAUAGUUCGAUGACAGUGUAUAUUAUUAGCACUGAUCACUGUAUUGGUUUCACUGGUGAUGUCAGAUGCAGUUAGUCAGUCCCCACAAAG